UAUAUACGCGCGCAUGAGAUCAGUCCAGCAGCCCCGGCAGCUAGCUAUAUACCUAGCCAGUAGCCACCUUCCGUCUGAAGCCCACGGCAUUGUGCAUUGUGCAUUGGAGCAAGGUUUAGAUGAAUCGACAAAUGUCUGGGCGCGCAUAUGUUCUUCUCGCCCUUGUAGGAUGCUGCUGCCUGCUUGGCCUGCCUCUGGCUGACGCUGCCGUCGUCGAACACACAUUCCACGUGGGAAACCUGACGGUCAAUCGGCUGGGACAGCGCCAGGUGAUCACGGCGGUCAACGGGCAGUUUCCGGGACCCAAGGUGGAGGCUCGCGACGGCGACACCGUCGUGGUGCACGUCGUCAACUACUCCCCCUACAACAUCACCAUCCACUGGCAUGGCGUCCUGCAGCGCCUCUCCGGCUGGGCCGACGGCCCCAGCAUGGUGUCGCAGUGCCCAAUCCGCACAGGCGGCGCCGCCUACACCUACCGCUUCAACAUCACCGGCCAGGAAGGCACGCUCUGGUGGCACGCCCACGUCUCCUUCCUCCGCGCCACCGUCUACGGCGCCCUCCUCAUCCGCCCCGGCCCCGACAAGCCGCACUACCCCUUCCCCACGCCGCACGGCGAGGCCACCCUCCUCUUCGGCGAGUGGUGGAACGCCAGCGUCGUCGACGUCGAGAGGCAGGCCAUGCUCACCGGCGGCGCGCCCAACAACUCCGUCGCGCUUACCAUCAACGGCAUGACCGGUGGCUACGAGCUGGCUGUGCGGCACGGCAAGACCUACCUGCUCCGCCUCAUCAACGCUGCGCUCAAUUACCAGCUCUUCUUCAAGGUCGCCGGACACGCCUUCACGGUCGUCGCAGCCGACGCCUGCUACACCGACCCCUACGAUACGGACGUCGCCGUCCUCGCGCCCGGCCAGACGGUCGACGCUCUGAUGUACGCUAACGCCACUCCGGGACGAUACUACAUGGCCGCCCAGGUGUACCAGAGCCUAGCCAAUGCCACCUACACCGCCGCCACCACGGCGCUCCUCCGGUACGAGCAUCACGAUGCAGCCGCAAAAGCUGCUCUGAGUAGGAGCAAAAUCGUAAUGCCGAUCAUGCCGGCGUUCAACGACAGCGAGACUGCGCAAGGCUUCUACGGCAGCCUGACCGGGCUGCUGCCGGACGGCAAGCCGACAGUGCCCCUGCACGUGGACACGCGGAUGCUGGUCACCUACGGCCUGGGCGUCAUGCCGUGCAUGCCGGCGCAGACGCUGUGCAACCGAACGCGGGGCUCCGUGGCGGCCAGCAUGAACAACGUGUCGUUCCAGCUCCCCACGACCAUGUCGCUGCUGGAGGCGCACGCGACGGGCAACGUCGACGGCGUGUACACCCGAGACUUCCCCGACAGGCCGCCGGUGGUGUUCAACUUCACGAGCGCCUCCGCGAGCAGCAACAGGAGCGUGAUGCUGACCUCAAAGGGCACCAAGGUGAAGACGCUGCGGUUCAACACGACGGUGGAGGUGGUGCUACAGAACACGGCCAUCCUCGGGUCGGAGAACCACCCGCUGCACCUGCACGGCUUCAACUUCUACGUGCUCGCGCAGGGCGUCGGCAACUUCCACGCGCGCUCGCCCACGCGCUCCCCCUACAACCUCGUCAACCCGCAGCAGCGCAACACCGUCGCCGUGCCGGCCGGAGGGUGGGCGGUCAUCCGCUUCACCGCCGACAACCCAGGCGUAUGGGUCAUGCACUGUCACCUGGACGCUCAUUUGCCCUUCGGGCUAGCCAUGGCGUUCGAGGUGGACGACGGCCCAACCCCAGACACCGUUCUUCCCCCACCCCCGCCCGAUUACCCCCAGUGUUAGGUGAUCGAUUCAUUUUUCAUGUCUAGCGAUGAACCAGAUUCUGCAGCACGCCGCUCUCCAUUGAGGAGAUGUUAUCAAGGUAGUCAGAAUACUGAUUCUAUCAUUAUUAUA